AUGGUUGCCAAAUACAAACUCAGAAUAGUUGAACCACCAGUAUUGCCUUUGGAUAAAAAGUAUGAGGCUGAUGAAGAUGACCCAGAUAUCGAGCCCAACCUGUGGAUGUGGGUAAACCCCAACAUCGUGUACCCACCUGGCAAGAUGCAGGUCAAAGAAGCUAAGUGGGCACGUCCGUCGAGCCCUCCUCUCGCCUCCCAGCGAUCUGUGAAGAAGGAGGAGGACAGCUGCUCAGAGGCCACAGAGGAGCAGCUGCAGCAGCCUUCCUCCAGCUUGGGGUCACCCUGUGAGAAGCCAAAGCUGAGCCAAGCUGCUGCCCCUCCCCCUUGCCCCUGGGAGCUUGCGGAAGAGGAGGCAGCCCAGCACCAGGAUGGCAGCUCCUCUGUGGCCCUUGCAUCCGCUCAUCUGAGGGGCCCCCUCCAGAGUCGGAGGCUCCGGCAGCACAUCAGCUCAGAGGGCAGGCUCUGGCCCCGGCCUCCCCUCAAUUACUUCCACCUAAUUGCCCUGGCACUAAGAAACAGCCCUCCCUGUGGCCUCAACGUGCAGCAGAUCUACAGCUUCACUCGACAACACUUCCCCUUCUUCCAGACGGCUCCUGAAGGCUGGAAGAACACGGUCCGUCACAAUCUCUGCUUCCGAGACAGCUUUGAGAAAGUACCUGUCAAUAUGAACAUGGAGGCCGGCACGCGGCCUCGAUCGUGCCUCUGGAAGCUGACUGAGGAGGGACACCGCCGCUUUGUGGAGGAGGCCCGUGUCUUGGCUUCCACUAGGAUGGAACGCAUCCAACAGUGCAUGAACCAGCCAGAUAUGAUGCCCUUCCUCUUUGACCUUUAA